AUGUCAUUGGCAGUAGACGUCAAAUAGAGUUUGUAUAAUUAGCACUUUGUAAGUGUUAGUAAGUUGUAACUUAAAGUUUAAUCUGUCUGAUGUACCAACCCUCUGCAUUUGACUUAUAGCUGCAUCAUGAACCAUCUUUUUAAAAACCUAUGUUUACGUUUAGGAAAACUAAAUAUAAAACCCAUUAAUGGGUUCCAUACAAGUGCAACAGAUUUAGCAUGGACUAAAUCAAACCUUCCCAAGACAUUUUUAGCACAUAACAAGAAAGUAUAUCCUCCACAAGAAAUUGGUGAAGAACCUAGACCUGCAUUUGUGUGUCAUCAAAAAACUAAUUUUAAAUAUAGUCCUGACAAAUUGUGGUAUAUAGCAAGUUUUGUACGAGGUAUGACAGUGGAUGAAGCACUUAAACAACUAAGCUUUGUACAUAAAAAAGGAGCAGUAUUAGUUAAACAAGCAAUAAUUGAAGCCCGAGAACUUGCUGUGAAUAGGCAUAAUGUGGAGUUUAAAAGUAACUUAUGGAUAGCGGAAUCCUUUUCGGGCCAAGGCAUGGUUAUAAAAGGUGUAAGGAGGCAUGCAAGACGUAGGAUGGGGGAGGUUCGUCAUAAAUAUUGCCAUUAUUUUGUACGAUUAGAAGAAGGAAAGCCACCAAUUGAUUAUUAUAAACUCAACCCAAUGACACCUCAACAGCAACUUGAUGGAUGGCUUGAACAAAUGAGGAAGAGAAAGAUUAUAAAUUCAUAUUAGAUUUAUUCAUUGAUUAAUAUAAUAUAUGAUUAUAGAUUC